AUGGGGAUCCAUGUUCGUGAUGGAAUGCGGGAGAUGGGAAACGUAUUCAGAGGCAAAAAGAACAAGCGACAGAGUAGUAUGACCGGGCAGGCGCAGCCGCACAGGGAGCAUGAGCAAAAAUCUGUUAAUGACGAGCAGCGAAAUGGGUCCUGGAAGAAUGGCGCGCCAGGAAACGUUGACGACGACGAGCAACAGCAAGACUGGCGUCGGUCAAACAUCGGAGUUGGUGAGUUUGGUGGAGAGCGCGGACCAGGACAGCGAUCCCCUCGUAUCAUCGCUCCCAAUCCUCCGCAGCUGGACAACGGAGGGCAUGGGCAGGUGGCGGUCCGAUCAGAUGCGGGUGUGGUCCUGUACGACGGUGAUUACAAUUCGGAGGAGAACGAAGUGUUCGGACUAGUCCAGCAGGAGGAGGAGACGGCUGAGCAACGAUCCGAGGCAGUACGUCAACAACACAACCACGAGAUAUCACGCCUGAAAGUCAAGCACGAAGCGGCAUUGAGGGACCUCCGAGAUGAGCUUCGACAGAACUAUCGAUCUGACUUGGCGCGCGAGAAGGAUCAAGUCGGCGAUAUCUGGAAAAAGAAGUAUCACGAGAGCUGCGAGGGCCUCCGCCGAGGCCACGAGGCAGAAACGAAGCGGCUUGAAGACGAACAUCAGCGAGCUUUCCAAGAAGUGAAGAAGUCUUAUCAGGACUGGCACGAUAAUUCAACCAUUCGCAUCCAACGGGACCACACGAGCCAGCUGGCACAGUCGGAGCGGGAGCAUGAGAGAGAGUGUCAGGAGCUCCGCUCUGAGCUUAGUGAACAGCACCGUACCUUGCAACAAAAGUAUGAUACGGAAUUGAAUCACCUCAAGGGUCGGCAUCAGACAGUCUGCCAGGGUCUGGACAAUGAAGUCGAGAACCAACGCACGGCCGUCAAGACGCUACGAGAGCAGCAUCAGAUCAAAAUUGUCGAGCUCGAUGAACAACACAAGGAGCAAUGCAGCAAUGUUGGCCGCACUUAUCAACAGCAGCUAGACGAUGCCAAGCUGCGCCACGAGCAAGCGGAACAUCGCCAGGUAGCAGCGCAUAAGGAUGAGCAGCAGGCGACGGCUGACGAACGAGCCAAAGCACUGUUUGACCUCGAGCAGAAGCAUAAAUUAACAUUAGAAAAAUUCCGCCAAGAGCAGGGAGCGCUAAGUCACAAUCUCAAGCAAGCGAAGCUUCAGCUGCAGAAGCAGAUGUACGAUGCCCAGCGAGAGGUCGAAGAGGUUGAGACGACCCAUCGAGCUGAGCUGAAAGCGCUGAAGGACAAGAUGCAAGCCGUCCAUCAAACCACGCUGGAGCAACAUAAGACCGCCAUCAAAGCUCUCGAUGCCAAGCAUGCUCAGGCCAAUCACUAUGCACAGAACCAGAUCGAGGAGCUGAACGCAGCUCUGCUAGUCCGAGACGACGAGGUAUAUCGCGCAAAGAUCUUUGUGAUCAAAGAUCUGCCACAAAGACCCGACGACAAGAUCAGGGAGAGCUUCGCCCAGACUGAAAAGCUGAUCGACGACCUCAGUGAUAGACAUGCAUGGGAUCCGGCAAGAGAAAUCUGGCCUGACCACGUGCUGCAAAGGUUGUGUGGCUCUGACGAAAUGCGGAUGCUUAGGAAGUCAAUCAUUCGGGACCUCAUUUGGUGCUUGUUAUUCCAGUUUGUGUUUGCUCAUCCUUUUCGCAUGUUUGGUGAGGAGGGUGAUAAGUUGCAAGCAUUAUGGUCUGAUGCUUCUGGUCAAGACGUUGCGGUCAAGGACUACAUUAAUGAACGACCCACGCCGAGCGUGAAGACCGAACGAUGGAGGUACAUGACAUUGGAGGAGUGCUAUCUAAUCUUGACACAACCUGUUCCAGCGUUCAUGAUACAGCGGGAGAGGAUCAAGACGGCGUAUCAGCUCAAUAUCGCAGCCCUGGCUAAAGCGAUCGAGACGACGCUUGCCAAAGCCAUCCGGCCGACUGCUGAGAUGACCGAGACAGCCAACAACCUUGCUAGACGAGCUUCAAAGCUGUGGCUGGAUUUGGGAAGGCAUCGGUGCCGCAUUGUCGUGCGCCAGGCCGGACGAGGGCCGAAGGCUAUCGAGGACCGGAUUAGUUCCAUGCUCAGUGGGUCUUUCAAGCUGACGAUUACGCCAAUCAUUGGGAGAUAUGGUAAUAAUAAGGGCUCGGACCUGGAGAACUUCACCUCCAUUACAGGAUCUGCGAAUAACACGUACGAGAUCCCGAAGAGUCAAGUGAUUGCUUAG